GUUCCAUUCUACCACCAAGGACCAUACAACACAACACCAUUUGCAAACAACUUCUGCUUUCUCUCACUGAGUUUUUGAAAUGAGAGGGAUGAAGAGUCUAACUAUUUGGGCUCUCUUUGCUGCUUUACUCUCACAGCAGCUGUUUGCUUCCGUUACUUCCAUAAGGUUCGAAGAUGAGAAGACAUACUACUCUCCUCCCUCUGGACACGGCGGUUACACUCCCACUCCUAACUGUGGAAGUCCACCUUACGACCCAACUCCUUCAACUCCAUCUCACACUCCAACUCCUUCGACUCCAUCUCACACUCCAACCCCACACACACCAACUCACCACACGCCUCCUUGUAACUGUGGGACUCCACCUCACGACCCUUCCACACCUUCUCACCCUUCUACACCAUCACAUCCUUCGACGCCUUCACACCCUUCAACGCCUCCUUCGGGUGGAUAUUACUCUCCACCAAGUACUCCAGUCGUUGUGACUCCACCAACACCCAUUGUUGUAGGAAGCCCACCAACUCCUAUUAUUGACCCUGGCACUCCUGGAACUCCUUUCGUUCCUGCUCCUUUUCCACCAAUCACUGGAACAUGCGAUUACUGGAGAAACCACCCUACACUCAUAUGGGGUCUUCUUGGCUGGUGGGGAACCGUUGGUGGAGCGUUUGGUACAGUCAGUACUUCCAGUAGCAUUCCAGGCUUUGAUCCUCACAUGAACCUUCUUCAGGCACUUUCCAAUACCCGCACCGAUGCUAUUGGAUCUCUCUACCGUGAAGGCACAGCGUCUUGGUUAAACUCCAUGGUCAGCAACAAGUUCCCUUUCACAACCUCUCAAGUCAGAGACCACUUUGUGGCAGGACUUUCCUCAACCAAGGCAGCAACAAAGCAGGCUCAUACCUUCAAGCUUGCUAAUGAAGGUCGUCUAAAGCCUAGAAACUAGAAACAAGAGAGUUUCUCAUUUAUCACAGUCGUUUGUUGGUUUGCAUUAAAACAAUCUUGAUUAAUUAUCCUAUGCAGUGUGUGUGCUCAUUAGAGUUUUAGAGUGUCCUAUAGCUUCUAGUAAUAUUUAUGAUGGAUACUCCUUUUAUAUUUGUUGUUUUAAAAUUUUCUUGAUCUUAAUAAUAGUAGUACUAUUUAUUA